ACUCGUAUAUUGUAUUAUUUACAAUUUCACACAUAUUCUAUACCAUUGCAUUUUGUGAUUUAAAGAUAAAGUUUGUUAUUUCAUUUCAAUAUUACGGCUUUUACACCUUCACAAAAAAAAUUAAAAAAUAAAAAUUACGAGUAUUAUUAAAAUUGUGCAUUGACUAGCUUGAAAUCCCGCACACCACGAAAACAAUAAAUAAAUAAUUCCACACUCUAUCUAGAGUAUUGAGCUUCCAUCAGUUUCCCGCACUCUCAUUUCUUGUACAGAAUGAUGUCUCCUCCAUCACAUUCUGUUGAUGGGCAGCCAUAGUUUUUUUGUCCUUAUUUCCCAAGCCCACCAUUUUCCUCUUCCAUAUAAUUAUUUUUUCUCAAUUUUUAUAGAACUAAUUUAUCAAUUUCCCUAAAUAUACGGUAAUCAACUUUACUUUUAUCACAGUAUUUUCCACAUUUUAUGUCCACAUCUUUUUUUAUUUUCCCCUUUUUUUUCCAGCCCACUCACUCUUCCUGCCUCAGAAACUCACCAUUUUGAAGCAAUCGCAGGUUAAAUUCAUGGUCUUUUUUGGAAAUUAUUCAUCGUUGCCAAUCUACUUGUGAAUUGUGAUAGCUUCUUCUGUUUCUUGAACCACUCUUCACUUCAAAGGCAUUCCUCUAAAUUGGGAAAAUAAAUUGAUCUACUCUUGAAAUGAACCAAAGAAGAUAGUAUUUACCACGUUCAUUUGAAAGCUUGAGUAAAAAUAUUUCAUCUGCUCCUUGGUACAGUCCCAUCUCCCAUGGUUGUUACUUUUGUUCGACAGACUUGAUUGAUCCUUGGAUAUCAGGUUAGAUAUAGCAGUUUCACUUUCUUCCCUUUCUUCCACUAUCUGCAAGACACCAUAUUGAGAAAUUCUUGUGGGUAAUUGUGAGAAAAUGGAACUAAGAAAACCUCUUGAUUUGGAUAAAAAUGAGAAGCUCCGCGCAUUAACACCAUUCAGGUUUUUAAGGGGUGUGAUAUGUUUACUGGUGCUAAUCUCAACUGCCUUCAUGAUGCUGGUGUAUAUUGGCUUUGUGACAGCAGUUAUAGUACGGUUAUUUAGUGUACGCUACAGCAGGAAAUUGACUUCUGUAGUGUUUGCUUCCUGGCUUGCUUUAUGGCCUUUCUUGUUUGAAAAGAUAAAUAAGACUAAAGUAGUCUUCUCUGGAGUGACUGUUCCUGACAAGGAGCGUAUUUUGUUACUUGCCAACCACAGAACUGAGGUUGACUGGAUGUACAUAUGGGAUCUGGCAUUGAGAAAGGGUAGCCUAGGCUACAUCAAGUAUGUUCUUAAGAGCAGCUUAAUGAAUCUACCUGUAUUUGGAUGGGCAUUUCAGAUAUUGGAAUUCAUUCCUGUGCAUAGAAAGUGGGAAAUUGAUGAACCAAUCAUGCAUAAGAUGCUUUCAACUCUGAAGGAUCCCCAAGAUCCCCUUUGGCUUGCUAUUUUUCCGGAAGGCACAGAUUUCACUGAACAGAAGAGCAUUCGAAGUCAAAAGUAUGCAGCUGAUCAUGGGUUGCCUAUUCUUACAAAUGUUCUGCUUCCAAAAACGAAGGGAUUCUUUGCCUGCAUGGAAGAAUUGAGGAACUCUCUUGAUGCAGUCUAUGAUGUUACUAUCGGGUACAAGCCUCGGUGCCCUUUCUUCUUGGACAAUGUUUUCGGAAUAAAUCCAUCUGAAGUUCAUAUCCACAUUCGACGUCUCUCUAUCAGCAACAUUCCUGAUUCUGAGGAGGAGCUGGGCAUUUGGUUGAUGGACACAUUCUGUCUCAAGGACAAGCUGCUUUCCGAAUUUUACUCCAAAGGCCAUUUCCCUAAUGAAGGAACAGAAAAAGAACUCUGCAUGACGAAAUCCCUGGUGAAUGUUGUUGCUGCCUUGACUUUAACAAGCAUCUGUACAUUUCUCACUUUUUCCUCUUUCGUCUGGUUUAAGAUUUACGUACUUCUAGUAUGCCUUUAUUUAGCAUUUGCUACAAAGUUUAACUACCGGCCUUCACCUAUAUUUUGCUUUCCAACCCGAUGGCUUAAGCAGAAUAAUGUCAGGCAGGCACUUGAUUAGUGCCUUAGUAACAUCUUUAUGCCAAUUAUUGUGACUUUCAUGAUAUUUAACAUUGUAAUUACAUUUUUUCCUCGGUAUAUCAUUUGGAACAGACCUUUGUCAAUCUAUCUGCUCAUUACUUUAA